CUAAAUCACUUUGCAACGUUUUCGUGAAAGCUAUCAUCUCCUUCUGUUUGUAUUUUUCUUUCUUUUAUUUUUCUUCUUCCAGAAAACAACUCUAACAAGUCAUGUCUGGUUCUGGCGACUCGGUGGGUGUUCACAAGCUCUCAGCUAAAUCCACCAUCUUCGGACUAAGUAUCUACUUAGUCAUCGCGAUAUGUUCCGUGUUCCUACUGCUGAUCUCGCUCUUGAUCUUCCUCUUCGUCUGCUUGAACAGAGUCUCACGCGCGCGUAGAAUGCGCGUGAAACACAGCUCCGGAUCCAUCCCUCUGGUCUCUAAGAAGACGUCGGAGGAGAUCAAGACGGUCGGGAAGUUUCUGAACUGCGACGAUUCGAUGAGGAAAGUCGAGAACGAAGUCGUUGUCGUCACCGAAGAAGCGACGAGCAAAGAAGCGAGCGGCGCGUUCGAUGAUAUGUCGGUGGCUUCGAGCGGUGACGUUGGUUCCGAGGUGAUGGGAUGGGGGAGGUGGUACAGCUUGAGAGAUCUGGAGACUGCGACGCGUGGCUUCUCUGACGAGAACGUGAUCGGAGAAGGAGGAUACGGUGUCGUUUAUAGAGCUGAUUUUCCCGACGGUUCGGUCGCUGCCGUAAAGAAUCUACUUAACAACAAGGGUCAAGCAGAGAAAGAGUUCAAAGUUGAGGUGGAAGCAAUUGGGAAAGUAAGACAUAAGAACUUGGUUGGUCUGAUGGGUUAUUGUGCCGACACUGCUCAAAGGAUGCUUGUGUAUGAAUAUAUUGAUAAUGGAAACUUGGAGCAGUGGUUGCAUGGUGAUGUAGGUCCAGUGAGUCCUCUCACAUGGGAUAUUCGCAUGAAGGUUGCCAUUGGAACAGCUAAAGGAUUAGCCUACUUACAUGAAGGGCUUGAACCAAAGGUUGUGCACCGUGAUGUGAAGUCCAGUAACAUCUUGCUUGAUAGGAAGUGGAACCCGAAGGUGUCUGAUUUCGGUUUGGCCAAGUUAUUAGAAUCUGAAACGAGCUAUGUGACAACUCGUGUGAUGGGAACUUUUGGAUAUGUUUCACCGGAGUAUGCAAGUACCGGUAUGCUUAAUGAGUGUAGCGAUGUCUACAGUUUUGGUGUUCUUCUCAUGGAGAUUAUAACAGGGAGGAGCCCAGUCGAUUAUUCAAGACCCCCUGGCGAGAUGAACUUAGUGGAUUGGUUCAAAGGAAUGGUUGCAAGCAGACGUGGAGAAGAAGUUAUAGACCCUAAAAUCAAAAAUCCACAACCUCAUCCAAGAGCUUUGAAAAGAGCAUUGCUUGUUUGUUUGCGUUGCAUAGACCUUGAUGCUAGUAAACGACCAAAGAUGGGACAAAUUAUUCACAUGCUUGAGGCUGAUGAUUUCCCUUUCCGUCCUGAACACAGAUCAGUCCAGACAAACAAGAAACCACUUGAGAGUUGAUGCUAUUGGGGGUACACAACCAGAUUGAUAGAUUUGUCCACGUUUGUUCUAUAUUGAGUAUUACAUAGAUUCAUAUGAGUUGAAAAUCAAAAGUGAAAUUAGAUAAUAUGAGAAUGGUUCAAGUUCUAAGGCUUUGUAAUAUGUAAAUAUAUAUCAUAUAUGCUGAAUACUUUAAGUGCAUUUUUUUUUGGACAAACACUUUAGUCCAUUUCUUAUC